AUGGCAUUUGAUGAUGGAAUGCAAUUUCUGGCGAAGAAAUCAGUGACGACAACGACAACGGGUCUUACCACAAGAAAAGAUGCAAUUUCUGGCGAAGAAAUCAGUGACGUAGAUCAUCCUAAAUUCAGGUCGAUGUCGGUUCAAACAACGACAACGGGUCUUACCACAAGAAAAGUUUCACCGCCACCUAAACAAUUUCGACCACAACGAGACGGUAGACCACGCAAUUCGGAUUCUAGCGAAGACAAAGAGGAAGCUGAAACGACAGGACAAAAUGAUGUAAAUGAGGAUACCUGGAAAAUAUCCGUCGGUGCUGUUGGUGGCUCAAGUGUUAUUAUUUCAGCUUCUAUAACCCUGAUCAUUGUCGCAAUAAGACGCGGAUGCUGUACCUGCAAUAACUGUUGCAACUACUGUUGCUAAA